CGCCCGGGCCCCGCCGCAGUCUCGGGGCUUUUAGCGCAUUCAUGGAAGUUUAGGGCCUGGACAGCGGCCCGGAGUCCGGCUUGAGAGCGCAGCCGGAGCUGCUGGCUGGGAAGAGGAAGAUGUCUGUGCUCAGGCGGGUGAUGCGGCUCUCCAAUCGCUCCCUCCUCGCCUUCAUUUUCUUCUUCUCGCUUUCCUCGUCUUGUCUCUACUUCAUCUAUGUGGCUCCGGGCAUCGCCAACACAUAUCUCUUUAUGGUACAAGCUCGAGGUAUAAUGUUGAGAGAAAAUGUGAAAACAAUAGGUCAUAUGAUCAGGCUGUACACAAAUAAAAACAGUACACUCAACGGUACAGAUUAUCCUGAAGGCAAUAAUUCGAGUGAUUACCUUGUUCAAACAACAACUUACCUUCCGGAAAACUUCACGUACUCACCAUACCUCCCCUGCCCAGAAAAGCUGCCUUACAUGCGUGGAUUCCUCAAUGUCAAUGUAAGUGAAGUCAGUUUUGAUGAAAUUCAUCAACUCUUCUCCAAGGAUUUAGAUAUUGAGCCAGGAGGUCACUGGAGACCUAAGGACUGUAAACCCAAAUGGAAGGUGGCAGUUCUCAUUCCUUUCCGUAAUCGCCAUGAACAUCUUCCAAUUUUUUUCUUGCACCUGAUUCCAAUGCUUCAGAAACAGCGGCUGGAAUUUGCCUUUUAUGUCAUUGAACAGACUGGCACACAGCCUUUUAACCGUGCGAUGCUCUUCAAUGUGGGUUUCAAAGAGGCCAUGAAAGACAGUGUCUGGGACUGCGUCAUCUUCCAUGAUGUGGAUCAUCUGCCUGAAAAUGACCGCAACUAUUAUGGAUGUGGAGAAAUGCCACGUCAUUUUGCAGCAAAGCUGGAUAAAUACAUGUACAUUCUUCCAUACAAAGAGUUUUUUGGUGGUGUGAGUGGACUAACAGUGGAACAGUUUAGAAGGAUCAAUGGUUUUCCUAACGCCUUCUGGGGAUGGGGCGGAGAAGAUGAUGACCUCUGGAACAGAGUUCACUAUGCCGGAUAUAAUGUAACCAGACCAGAGGGAGACUUAGGAAAGUACAAGUCUAUUCCUCACCACCAUCGAGGUGAAGUCCAGUUUUUAGGACGGUAUAAAUUACUAAGGUAUUCUAAAGAGCGUCAGUACAUCGAUGGGUUGAACAAUUUGAUAUAUAGGCCAAACAUACUGGUUGAUAGGUUGUAUACAAAUAUAUCUGUAAACCUCAUGCCAGAGUUGGCUCCAAUCGAAGACUAUUAGAGAAGUAACUCUCAUGGCAAGAUAGACCACAGUGCUGGAUCAUAAACUCGGAGUGCACUCUAACAGAGGUCAGUGAUCGGUUAUGUCACAGUGCCCUGUUCUCUGAAAAGGAGAAGAGCCAGCAGUCCUCAAUGUUUACAGCGUGGGACUAGAUACAAUCGACCUUCUUCCAUCCAUCCUCUCUGCUUUGAGACGCACCCCCACAGCAAGCAGUGCAGAAACCCAAAGCCAUUGCUUAAGAUUGGAAAUGGAGAGCUCCCUAUAAAGAGAAGCUUUUUUAUACUAAAAUCUGUAAUUUAACCAAUAGAAUGCUUUUAUUUCCAUUUAGACAUAUUUUGUACAUAUGUGAUAUAAAUUAAGGUGUUUAAAUUGUUGAAAAAGAAGAUAUGUUGCAGUUUUGCAUGUGAUUGAUUAUGCCUUUAUUGGAAUUUUAUAGACAUUUUUUAAUUUGCAUGAAAAAAAAACCACUGUAAACUGUCACUAAACAAAGGUUAACCCCUGUGUGAAAUGAAGGAUCUGUCAGUAAUUGACAGCCAACUAAUACAGUAAACUGUUACACUAGUUCUGAGCUUUAGACCUCAGCCUUUCAUGUGGAGAAGUCACAGCUUUCUUAGGGCUUUAAAGGGAAAAAAGAAAGGACUUAAACAGCUUUUUUUCUUACCGGGAUUCCCUAUUUUUUUCCUUGCUUGCAACCUCAUCAGAUUUUGCUAUAAAUCACAACCAUAUGGUUUAUGCAUAUUGCAUGAGUAUUAACCAAGAAAACCCUAAAAGUUGUGAUGUGAUAUGAUAUAAAUGACCUCUUUAUGUUCAAAUGUCUUUCAUGUACCUCUGGUGUAAGUGUCAGGGAUUUUGUGCCUCAAAACUGUUCUCAAGGCUGUGUGUUUAUAUGCUGUAUUUUUUUUUUUAAUUCACAGUGAACAGCACUUUUAUUAUUUCUAGUUCAGAAGAGCCAAAA